AUGGCUGAAGUAUCUUCAAGUUCAAUUGAGUCUACAGAGGCACAACAGCCAUUUGAGUCAUUGGCUCUCAGGGGUGUGAAGCGCUUGGCUCCACCCCUUACAAAGGUAGAUGGCCUUCAGGUGGUCCAGAAGGUCAAAAUUGGUAAUGGCGGGAGUCGCGGCCGUGUUCGAUAUGCUGACUUUGAUAGGCUCUACUCAUCCAUCAUACAUCUUGCAGUCGGACACUACCAAGCCAUUCUCGCAAACUCAACAAUCUAUCCAGGUGACGUUGAGAGUCGCAACUGGUCAGGCGAAGCAUGGGCUGCAUCCUGUCGGGCAAAUGGAGUGAAGAUUGAUUAUGAUGAAGACACUUACAAAUUGAUAACUUUACGAGGUUCCAAUCUGCGGAGCGAGCUUAAAACUGUCAUGCAGCCUCUAGUUGUGGCAGAGUUUGGCUUCACUGACGAAAAGACACCUGAAGCCACGUCUUGCAAUGUAGCGCUGGUAAAGUCACUCCUCGAAAAUCGUAAAAGUUUCACUUACAAGGAUCGGAAGGAGGCCAAUAUUAUUCAAAAGGGCAUGAUUAAAUGGUGCUACAAGAAGAAGAACUCACUUGGGGUCAAGUUCCCUGCCUAUUUCAUGGAUGCGAGCACUGGCGGCAUCAGCUUUGGCAUCAUCAUGGCAAUCCUUCAGCUGUGA